GGGACCGUCGCCGGUUAAAAGGACCUGAUUCACUCCCCCGGCCAAUGGGGUCGCAAAGAACACAUACCAAGGGGUGGAGCAACGAUACCACUACCAUUCAUUUAGCCAAAAAAUAGUAGUAAACAUCAUCCUGACGUUCAAAGAACCAUUCCCGGAGUCGACUUCACUCGCGGUAAAAAACAACAACCCACCAUUUUCCAUUUUCCAACCGGGCAUCGUGGUGAAAAACAUGAACGACAUCGGUAUUAACAAAUUUCUGGGACCCCUCGGUUUACUCCAAUAUGCUGAAAUAUUCCAAAUUAAGGGAUACGAUGUGGAGAGUGAUUUCUGUAGCUUGAAUACAGGCGAUCUUGACGCGAUGAACAUCACCCACGCUGGACACAGAGAGACGAUUCUCCAGGCAGCCACAAACUACCAGCCCUCCGAAGAGUUCGAGGUUUUCCAGUGGCUUCGAGAUAAUGGAAUCGACCAUUACUUCGGCAACUUCAUCCGGAGUAACUACACAACCCUUCGCCAGGUGUCGAUUAUGGAACUUACGUCAGAGGUUCUCCAUGAGUUGGAAGUCCUGCUGCCGGGACAUCGUAAAAGACUCAAAAAUGCAUAUCUCACCGUCAUUGCGCUGACUACCGCUAAUUAUCUGUUGUUAUUUUGGCAAUACAUCCAUUAUUGGCAGUGUGAGAAAAUGACGGGGUUCACAGAGAGUGUCAUCGGCAUCUCCAGCUGA